AUGGCAGGCACAGCACUAGCCGUCGUUGCGCUGCUGGUGCUGGCGUGCAUCAGCAGCGCAGCAGCAACAACGACAGCAACGCAAGACGAAAUACUCCAUUUUGGGUUUGUUGACGCAACACCCCACGAGGGCAACCACAACCACCACCACCACCGCCACGACAACAACACUCACGGCAGCAACAACAACACUGCCAACUACGGCAAUGGUUUGACGGGCAGUGACGCGUUGUUAGCUCUUCCACAGUGUGCCGGCGAAGACGCCGCACACUCUCUGCCUCUGGGUUGCCCGGAUCAUCAAGCCUUUUGCUCAUCGGCCGUGCGCCGCGUUUUGGCAUCUAUGGCAAGCAUCGAUGCCUUGCUUGCACGCACGCAGGAACGGCCCUUUGGAGAUGCGGGAGGCGAAGGGGCGCACGACCACCUGCGCGGUGGGGCAGAGGCGUUGAGGCUCACACAGCACGUGCUGCGCGAGCUGCACGGCGACUUUCCGCUCCUUCGCUCCAUCCUGACACAGUUUUGUCCGGACAUCAGGAACACGCGUCCUUCCAUGCGUCCUGAAAAGUCAAACAAGCAACCAAGACCUGCAUCAAGUCCAGCAAGCGCGUCAGCGCUUCCUGCUGCUGAGCCCAUCGUGGACAUGCAGAUGGACACAACAGUGCCCAAGACCCGCGAUACAAACCAAGACGCAGCGGUGCUCAGCCAGGGCUAUGAUGUCGCUUCACGCAUGCCGCGACUGCGCCCACGCCGCGAAGAUCCCGACAAUGAGAAGCCUCGCCACAACGCAACAAUCGCCACAUGCAGCCUGCAAGACUUGGUGGACGGCGCAUGCAAUUCAGCCCGCCAAUCCGCAACCUUUAGCAUUUUUUUCAGGGGCUUCUUGUUCGACCCACUAGAUGGAGACACCCAGGCAGCGAACAACGUGUUGCAUGUCAGCAACAAUGUGAAGCCAACGAGGCUGCGCCUUCAUGGUACCAUCCCUGAGGACCAUUUGCGACUGGUGAUUGACAAAGGAGCAUGGAACUACGUAACAGAAGUCAUUGUCCAAGGCUGGCAGCCUGGCGAGUUUGACCUGGGACUCUUGCGCGGGCUGCCGCUCCUCACACACGUGCAAAUCUUGGACAGCGAGCUCGUGGGCGUGCAGUUGUCCUCCACAGGUGACGCCGGUGACAACAAUGAGCUGGUUGCUCUAGAGAAACGGCUCGUCCUCCUCAACUUGACGAGCAACAGCCUGACCAACUUGCAUCCGGGGCUCUUUGCCAACAUGGAAAACCUAAUGCAUCUGUGGCUCAACGACAAUCAAGUUACCGCGCUGGAUGAGAACGUGUUUGAAAAGCUGUCAACCCUCCAGACGCUGUCGCUUCGAAACAACCGCAUCUCCGAGAUUGACGACAAGGCAUUCACAGGACUGACCAACUUGCAGCGCCUCGGGCUUGGGUACAAUGCCCUGUCAUCGCUAAAAGAGGACGUGUUUGAGCCACUCACGUCGCUGCAGGCACUCUUCCUGGAGAACAACCCCAUUGAGCGACUCAAGUCGGAAACCUUCAAGAAGCUCUCCAAUCUCCUUCGCCUUGAGCUCACCUUCUCGCCGCUCAACGUGCUCAGCGAUGAGCUCUUCAAGUACACGACGCGGCUGCAGCAGUUGAUACUGCGGCAGAACCGGUUCGAGACCCUACCCGAGGAUGUCUUCCAUCCUCUCACCAACUUGGAAACGCUCGACCUGUCGCACAACAGGCUGACGUUCAUUACACAGAGCCACUUCAAACACCAGGCCAAGCUCACGCACCUCUUGCUGCUGGGCAACAGAAUCACAACCAUCGCAUUCAAGGCGUUUGGUCAGCUCACGAGCCUGAAACGCCUCGACCUUCAACACAACGACCUCACCCUCGUUGACGCAGUUUGGUUCGAUCGUGAGAGCGCGCAACACAUUGAAGAGUUGGAGUUGAGCUCCAACAAGCUGACCCAGUUCCCGCCAGACCUACUCGACAUGCUUGAUGGGCUGAGGGUACUGUCCAUUGCCAAGAACAAGUUGACAAAGUUUGUUCCACCACUGGUGGCGGGCCGCACCUUUGGACUGAGGCACCUGCGCCUCAGUGACAACCCACUCGACACCUUUCCCUCCCUGGGCAGCUUUCCCCAGCUGCGGGAGCUGGAAGCAAACAACCACAUGAUCCCCCAGGUCAACGUCACGCCUGUGCUCAAUGUCACCAGCUUGCGCGCGCUGGAAGUGGCGGCGCACCCGCACAACAAAGGCGUGCGCUUAAUCGUGGAGGAAAGUGCGCUGAAGGAGCUGAUGUCAGAGACAGGCAAGCCACUGCUGGAGAACCUGCGGCACCUCGACCUGCGCAACGUUGACAUCACAGCAGCCCUGAAGCUGCCACUCAGCCACCUCCAACUGACACACCUCCGCCUGGGCUGGGAGGGAAUGGCAGAGACCACGUUUCCUGCCAGCAAUAUCUGCGAGUUGCUUGGACAACAUGUGGAGGAGAUUGAGUUGACGGGCACCCAUUACACGGACUUGGAAAUGUGCGAGAACAAGACGUUUAGCUCCAUCUUGCUGACAGAGAACAAGCUGUUGCGCACUGUCACAGUGCGCGCCCACCUGCGGCAGCUCAACCUCUCCGGCUGCAGUGAUCUGCACGACUUGUUCCUGCCAUCUGCGGAGUUGCUUGACAUCAGCGGCACACGGCUGCACCCAGACCCUGGCCUGUGCAAUGGCUGGGGCCGCAGCAUGCUGUUUGCCCGCAACUGGAAGAAUGAGCACGUGCAGCAGAACCAGGCGACGCUGCGGCUCCUGCUGGCCCGCUGCCUGCAGACAGUUGAUUUGAUUGACCUUGGCGCCAACGACUGGUUGGACGAGCCAGACAAGGUGAAGGACGUUGUGUCACCGCUGACAGUGCUCUCAAAGCGCCCCGUGUUCACGGAGAACGGUGUGCAGCUCCGCAGCCGCGAGACCAUGCCGGUGUUCCUGCUGGAGAACACGCCCAUUGCGUGCGGCCUGCACGUGAGCAACGCGCGCGUGUCGUUGAGCAGGGAGCCACAGAAUGACGAUGACGACAACGACAACGACAACAACAAUGACGACCAGCAGUCCACACGCGUGGCCUACACCUUCCAAUGCUCGUGCGCUGGUGGCUAUCACAAGGGCAACAACAAUCGAUGCGUGCGAGAUAACCGAGACCAGUACCUGCUGUUGUUUGGUGCCCUGUUCGGGGUGCUGGUGGUGCAAGCGGUGGUGUUUGUUGUCGUGCGGUAUGUGCGCCGACAUCGACAGCUGGUGCAGGACCACACGCUGAAGACGCAGCUGCUGGUGGAGCGAGACGAGGAGGUGCUGGCGCUGAAGAAGGCGUGGGAGAUUGGCUACAACGAACUGCGCUCCCUCACACACAUCUCCACGGGUGCGUUUGGUACGGUGUACAAGGCGGAGUGGGACACGGUGACGGUGGCGGUGAAGGUGAUGCAGCAAGGGGUGAGCAUAUUUGAUGACAACUCGCAGCAUGAGUUUGAGAAGGAGGUGGAGUUCCUGCAGCGGACACGGCACCCGCACGUGGUGCGGUUCUUUGGCGCGGGCACACACCCCAACGGCAGCCCGUUCCUCGUGCUGGAGUUUGUGGCGAUGGGUUCCCUGAAGCAGCUGCUGUUUGACCGCGGGCUUGAGGCUGUGCUGCAAGAGCACUUGCGUGAGCGAGAGCGGGCCAACGCCGCGGAGGGCAGCGAGCAAGGCGGGGGUCGCAGCAACCGCACGUAUACGACGGUUGAUGUGGGCGAGAGCGUGAUGGUGACGGAAAGGCCCACCUCCACCGUCGACAUGCCGGAAUUGCCGCUCUCCUCCUGGGGUCUCAGACAGCGGCUGGCGCGUGAUGUGGCUUGUGGCAUGGCCUUUAUCCACAGCCUCGACCAAGUGCACAGGGAUUUGAAGAGCGGCAACGUGCUGGUGUCUGCGCAUUUGCGUGCGAAAAUCUCGGAUUUCGGAUCUAUUCGCCAGAAGCUGGCGACCGGCGCACGGCACACAGCCGGCACGAAUGUGGACGGGAAAGCUGACGAGAACAGCAUCAAGUACUCACGCACGCUCGGCGCCACCACCAUGCACCUAACCAUGACAGCUGGCGUGGGCACACCCAUGUACAUGGCGCCGGAGGCCCUGUAUGGGCACGAGUACGGCCUCAAAGCGGACGUGUUCAGCUUUGGCGUGCUGCUGUGGGAGAUUGCCUGCGUGCAGCACCCCGACAUCAUCUCGCAGGAGUAUGGCGACUCGUUUGACGGACCCCUCUUCCCCACCCUCAAACAACUCCUCGAAGACGGCAAGCGCCUCAAGUUCUCAGAUGAGGCUGCAAGUCAGACGCCAACCUGGUACCGUGCACUCACGUACAAGUGCAUGGCCCAAGAUCCAGACGGCCGCCCUUCCUUCAAGCAACUGAAGACCAACCUCAUGUAGUCUGCUGGCUGUUGUUUAAGUUGUUAUUGUUGUUGUUGUUAAGUUGUUGUUGUUGUUGUUGUUGUU